AAUUCAACUCAAGGAAUCGUUGAUUUAGCAGCAACAACAUCAAGAACAGAUGACUACCAUGGAAUUAGCAAUGGAGGAGAUCAUGUCAAUAAGGCAAGAAGGUUGUUGAAUCUUGAUUGUUUAAAAAGGAAGGUAUAUGUGUGGCUCAGUUGGAAACAUAAAGAGUCAGUAGUGAAGCACUUGUGGCACAAAUGGAAAUCUAGAUCCUGGUUUUUCAUUAGGAUAAUGGGUAUAUAUUGGUUAAAAAGGAAGGCAAAGGGUUAUACAUGGCACAAAUGGAAAAUUAAACCAAGAUGGCUCAAAAUUAGUUCGACGGGUGCUUGCAUCUAUGUGGGUUUGGAUAAUAAAGAUUGCAUAUGGUUGACUAAAAAGAAUGGGAAACAAUCUAUGACGUUUGAAAUUCGAGCACAGUAUGAUGCAUUGGGGUUGAAAGUUAGAAAACUAACAUCAAAUAGCACAUGGGUUGGAAAUAGGAAUGAUAGUCUAACCAGAUCUGCUGAUGAAGACCAACAACUAUUGAGUCAGCAUUUGCACACAAAGAAACAUGAACUAGUUGUUGUAGUUCAUGAGAAUGAAUUUGAUCAAAUCAUACACAAAGUUACAAAAGAUAGCAUGGGUUCUAUAAAUGAUUUUUGUAUAAUAUGUUUAGACUCUACGUAUCCCAUUUCAUGCUACUUGGCUGUACUUUUUGGAAAUGGUGCUACUAACUGGCUGGGAAUUUUGGCAUUCAAGCACAAAACUGAAAUUGUGAAGAGAUGGCUAGUUAAAUGAAAAUGGAAGAGCAAUAUCAUAUGUGACAAGACUGUAGGAAGUAAAAUACCAAAGAAAGUUGAAAUUGAGAUAUGUGAAGGCGAAUUAAAAGUCAAUGUUUCAACAACAGGGAAUGCAAAAAAA